AUGUCAGACUCGUUUUCUGCGCCUGUUGAAGCUCCUAUCACCGUUGCCGAGCUCAUUCGCGCGAGCGUGACCGCGCGCAUUGAGCGAGAAGCCACCGAUAACAUUGGUACAGCAUCCAUUCGUAUGGAAGAGCUUAUAGAAUCGUUGGUAGCACGGAAACAGAACGCGGAUCUUCAAAGCUACUACUUUCACAAAGUCUCGCAGUUCUGCUCCUAUCAGCUCGUCUUUAUUGAUAAGUCUAGCUGCGACAAACGCAUCGGCACACAGCGCACUAGCUGGUCGCCUGUCGGCACGACGCCCGUCCAAGUCACUCAGUUCCACCGCAACCAGCGACAUCAGAUCCUAGCAGCAUACACCCAGGAUGGUGUCCUGCUCUCGCGCGUGUAUUAA